AUGUAAGUGUUUCCCAAAAUAUUUAGUCCAAAGUUUUUUAAGUAAACAGAUAAUUUCUCAGUAAAACAAAUAAUUGUAUAUUUUAACAAUAUACACUGAUGAACUGUAUGUUUUAAUGAUGAUAAAUUACACAGAAAUGGUUUUCUGAGGUAAAACCACAAACAAUGUAACUAUUUUGUUACCCUUUUAUAUUUAAUUUUUCAUGAUGCAACAACACAUCUAGUUGAAUUUAAGUGCACUUGUGUGUGUUUUACUAAGUUCAACAGUAAAGCAGGACACCUCUUUCAUAAUCCAAAACCCAAAACCUGCACAUCUGUUUAUUAGAUGACCAGACAAUCUGGGCUGAGCAGAGAGAUUACUGGCUAAAAAACAUGCCACAUGGAUUUAAAGUGGAAGUCACUGAUUUACCAGAGCUGUGUAUCUGAAUCAGGGGGAUGGGGGACUUCUAGAUGUGUUAUUUUUGUUGCUUUGCUUAAUUUCCAACCACUUUUCACCCAGAAACCUCCUUUGAAGUUAUUUUUUGCUCUGAAAAUGGAGGCAGUGUGAGGUCAAGGCAUUACCAAUAAACACACUGAUUAACCUAAAACACGCUAGAACGUUCUGUGCAGCUUUAAUGGUGGUGAUGUAAUACAGCAACUGUGCAUUUUCAUGCCAAAUUACUCCGCAUUCAUUUUCUAGCCCCUAUGGACAUGUGCUGAUGAACUGUGACUAUAGAAGAUUAGAGAUUAGGAUUAUUGGCAUUGUGAAAUGACAUGACUGGUGGAGGUCGUAACAAAUCUUGGCUGACCAGUUUCAAAAGUUUUUAAACAACACUGUAGAAUUAUUCGAAAAAAUACAGUAAAAUGUACACUGAAUUACUGUGGUCGUAAGUACUUCAAUAAACUUUUUUUUUUUAAGUUUUGAAUUCUCUUAGACUUUUUUUGUGGAUAAAAAUGUGAAACAUUAUUACAAUUUAAAAUAACUUUUUUAUAUUUGAAUAUAUAUUUUAAAUGUAAUUUAUUUCUGUGAUGCAAAGCAGAAUUUUCAGCAUCAUUACGCCAGUCUUCAGUGUCACAUGAUCCUUCAGAAAUCGUUAAAAAUGCUGAUUUGCUGCUCAAGAAACAUUUCUUCUUUUUAUUAAUGUUGAAAACAGUUGUGCUGUUUAAUUUUUUUGUGGAAACUGUGGGGUGUGUUUUUCUGGAAUCUUUGAUCAAUACAAAGCUCAAAUAUAAAUAUAUGCCUACCCCCAAGAUUAAUUUAGCUAAAUUACACCCAUCACCUUAAGAGCUGAUUUUUAUAGCUAUCAGAAGUGACUCUCCAGUACAUGACAUCAGUGAGAUGAUGUGUGUGGCUGUGUGUAUCGUGACGUCUGUGGCGUGAGUGCAUUGUAGUGCUGUGCAGGUGACAGUGAGCUCAUGCUAACGCUAAUGCCAGAGAAACCCCAGCAGCUGCAACCAAACAAGUCAGCUCAUUAUACUCCGCUUCAAAAGUGCUGACCUUCGGCCUCCAGACAAUGAGUCCCCAAUCCUGACUGGUGAAAGAUGGAGAAGCCUGCGUUUCUGCCUUGCGUUUGGUGAACCACACUGUAAACAAUGGAGGCAUCUGGAUUACCUCCGCCAGCACAGCAUAACGAAACUGAACUUAAUGAGACAUUGAGUCAUGGCCACCCUAUGCAUCUGGCUCCCAGCAUGCAGUUAGGGAGCAUGUCCAACCCGCAAUCACGUUUACGAGACAUGUCGGGCCUCGUGUUCAUGGUGACCCUUAAUGCAAUCGCGCUCUUGGCCAAUAGCGGAGUGCUUGCUGUAGUGGUGAAAGUGCCACAUCUCCGCAAGUUCAGUUUGGUGUGUCACCUCUGCAUCGUGGAUUUGCUAUGCGCCGCUCUGUUGAUGCCGCUCGGCAUCGUCUGUGGCUCGCCCUUCUUCGCCGGCAUCAUCUUCUCUGUACUUGAAUGCAGGUUGUACAUUUUCCUCAAUGCCUUUCUCAUAUCUGCCUCUAUCUUUACGGUUACUGUGAUAAGCAUCGAACGCUACUUCUACAUCGUGCAUCCCAUGAGGUUCGAGGUUAAAAUGACUCCUUGGUUAUCCGCAGGCGUGAUGGGAUUCGUCUGGGUGGUGUCUACUUUGCUAGGACUUGCUACCGUCUUUGGGUGGCCCAGUUAUGGAAGUAGGAGCUCCAUCGCCGCCACCCAUUGCUCUCUCCAUUGGAGCCACAGUGGACACCGAAGAGUAUUUGCGAUUUUAUUCUGCACUCUUUGCUUCUGUGUUCCAGCGGCUAUUAUUAUUGCCGUCUAUGCAAAUGUGUAUAAAGUUGCCCACACGGCUGCCCGGGAAAGAGGGCCCAUCCCGAGCUGGACGAUGGCGACCGCUCAUCCGAAGCGUCGGUCCGAUUCUGUCAACAGCCAGACAACGAUCAUCACAACCAGCACGAGCGUCCGCAGAAAUCAAGUCCCUCGCAGGAAAAGGAGAAAAUUGGUUGGUGGGAAAGCGGCUCUCACUUUAGCCAUCAUUGUGGGUCAGUUUCUGCUCUGCUGGCUGCCUUACUUCGCCUUCCACCUGCAUUUGUCACUGGGAUUCUCCCAUAGUACCUCAGAAGAAGCUGAGGGACCGGUCACAUGGCUGGCAUAUUCAACGUUCGCAGUAAACCCGUUUUUUUACGGCCUGCUCAACCGUCAGAUCAGGGAGGAGUUGUGUAAGAUGCUCUGUUGUUGCCGAUCGGCCGGCAGACCAGUGCGGCCCUCAGCGUCGUGCCACGAACGUUCAGGACAUGAAGACUUUUUUCAUUACUUGCGCAGGAACGGCGACAGGGACGGAGUUCGAUGCAGUUAUCACAUGGCCACAUCGAGGAGCACACAGGAGCAGACUAGUUUUAGGAUACCAGGGCAAAUACCUGAAGAGAUCACCUAAACAAAACAAAAUAUUUAGACUAUUGAUUUUUGAGUCUAAAUCACUCUCUUUUUUGUGAUAGAGUUGCAUUUUUCUUAUAAAUUAUUGUCUAGCCUUUUUUUGCUUUGAUAUUAAAAUUCACUCUAUAUAUUUUCUAAAUGCAUUCUAUUGAUCUUAUCAUGAAUAAUUCAUUCAUGGCUCAACAGUGAGAGCAUUUCACUCGCAUUUGCAACUAAAAAUAGCUGUGUGCAAACUGUAAAAUGUAUUUAGGAACAUGUGUGAAUGAAUUUGGGUCCUUUAAAAUAUUAUUAUACCAUUUUAAAGGGCAUUAAAUUUGGGGAUGGAAAAACAUGAAUCAUGAUGUAGCCUAAUAUGAUUAUUAAAGGCUAUGAUUUUUAUUAAAUAAGUGUUGCACAUGCAGAAUUGCAGUGCUCUUGCUCAGUCCAAAACAAAUUGCAGUCUAUGAAUGCCAUGCAAAACGUGCUUAUGAUUUACUGUUGACAGAUUGGCAAUGUUUACUUUAUGGGGUUUAUAUUGUCAUAUGUGCAUAGACAUUAAAAUAAGAUUCAGAGUUUAAAGUGGACCUAUACAUAUUGACAUAAUUAUUAUAACAGAUUGAAGUACAAAUAUUUAAAAAGCUAGUGUAACUAAAUUAUUUUGCUUGUAAAUGUCUGCUUGUGUCCUGUUAUUAAGGAACAAAACUAUAUUUAACAAAAAUUUUACAUUAAAUUUUAAUCAUGGGAAAAAAGGAAGCAUCAAACCCUGCAUGUUUAUAUAUAUAUAUGCUAUAACAAAUUGUUCACAAUAAAGAUCUGGCAUGUGGCAUUACGAAAACAAACAGGAGAGGUUUUUAGUUACAUAGACUUUAAAGAGGUCGGCCACACUGUGACAAGCAAUGAACAGCAAAUGCCUUCAUCCAAUCACAACUCUUUCUAGUGGUGACUCUGCCCAUGUUUACAAACACAGAGCUGAUUUUUUUUAGUUCACUAUGAACUGUAAUGAAAUAUUUGUUGCCUAAACUUUUAAUGUCAUCAGGCUAAACCAACAUUUACAUUAAUAUGUAUAAAAAGUACUACAGAAAUGAUCAUUUUCUUCUAUUGUAUUAAUGUAUUUCUACUGCACUAUUUAUUUUAAUUUAUUUUAAAAAUUAUUAACAUAAUGACCUAAAUCUUUACAAACCUUCAUUCAAAAAAGAACUUAUAAAAAGUAUUUUGAACCCAUUUUUACUUAUUUAUUUAUAUUAUUUAUCAUACAAAGGAUGACCUCAGCUAUCUGCUGUAUUUCUUUUCUACUGUAAAACUGUAAAUAUCACACACGGGCUGAAGUGACAAAGACAAAUUGUUUCGUUAUUCAAUGAAGACACUAUAGUCACAGAAAGCUUGACAUCUACAGAUUCAGAUCAAUGCUCAGUUGUGUUGCAUUUACAGUUCAUUGUGCUGAUUGAAUGCUGUGCUAUAUGGAGUCACCCAUUACAUCACACUAUGUUUUUAUUCGUGCUUUUCUUUAUUUAUACAAUGUGUCCAUUACUGUUUUUGAUUUUAUGAAGUAUUUGUGUAUUUAUGGGGAGGAUUAUCAUGGUACUGUACAUAUCUACAACUGAUUUUUUUGUAUUGUUCAUUUCAAAUGUACAUUUUUAUUCAGGCUAAUUAGUCACUAAAAAAUGAAGUACAAUAAAGAAUCAGCCACAUAUUAA